GUGCUGACAUUUACAUCAACUAGCGUCUUCCUUUUGGUUCAGAUUGAUGUUGGCAUGGCAUCGGAUAAUACAGUGAAUGAAAUUGCGUGGACAACAUUGACUAUUCUUUUCUUGGAUGGUCCGUUCUUUGCUCUUCGAGUCUACAUUGCAUCGGAGUACAGCACACAGGACUUACAGCUAGUAUUUCUUCUCAAGAAUUUGUUUGGAAUUAUAUUUGGCGGCUACAGAGUUAUUUCACUUUGUGGUGGUGAAGACAAAGAGUCCAAUAAAAAUGAAGAUGAGAUGAUAGGGAAAAAUGACUACGUCGCUGAGAUGUACGUUAACAGAGGAGCAACAAACACAAACAGUGGUGGUAAAGAAAAUACAGAAAAUGAUCUCAAUGAUAACGGCAGUGUAUCUAAUAGUCAAAUAUCACAUGAUGGAGCAGUUGUUAUUCCCAAUGUAGCAGCUAGUUCACAAGUAUAUGAUGGCUCAAGGGUAACCUCUGAUGAAGCAGCUUCAUUACAUGAUGAUGGAGGGCUACUUAUUUCUAGCAAAGCCGCUAUGUCAACUGGCAACCAAACAAGUAGAUUUACUCAUUCUGACAUCCAAAAAGAUCAGCAAGAAGUCACCAACAAUGAAGAUGCUCAUGGUAAGCAAAAUGGAGACAACAGUGAUGUCAGAGAGACUGAAGAUCAAGAUGAAAAUGCCAAGAGCGGAAGUGCACAAGACAAGAAAGCUACAGCUGAUAAUGACAGAGAGACAAGUAGUUUGUCUGCUAUACAGGUAAAGCAUCAUAAGGUAUCUGACAGCGAAGACAAAGACGUCAAAAAAACAGAUACUGAUAACACUGAAAUUGUAAAUCUACAAGAAGCAGCUACCAUAGGACACUAAACAGGAAAUGCAAACACAGUGUACUAUCAAAAUGAUUGUAGCCAAAGUUGCAUUC